AAGCUGACAGCAGGCUUCACCAGAGUUCCAGCAUGAGGCCUCAGCCCUGGUGCACCGUCCUGCACGUGUCCCUCUGGGCAGCGCUGGUUCUCACCUUAAACGCUGACAGUGAAGACUCAGACUGUAGCCCUGUUAUCAAAGUACGUCGCCACACGACCUACAAGACCUCACCUGGACGAGAACUUGUCAUUCACUGCCCAGUAGAUUUCUGCAAUAAAUCCAUACCAACAGUGACCUGGGUCAAGCUGCUGUAUGGAACUUCUAAACGUGUCGGAAGUAGCAGUCACAUUAGAACAGAGUGGAGAGGGGUGAACCAUGAGUGGGCAUCGCUUUUGAUUUUCCCAAAAAUACUCAGCAGCGACUCAGGUCUGUAUCAGUGUCGAAUGGGAAGUCAUGUGGGUCACGCCAUCAACGUCUCUGUCCACGUUCCCGAAACUUCUGACCCAGAGACCCUAGAACUUUUGUGGAUGUACAUGUCCUCUGCCGCAAGGAUUGUGGGAUUCGUCACCGUAUCGAUAGUUAUAACUGUCGUAUCAAUCCUAUGGUGCAAAGGGAAAUCAAAGAAAGGGCCACAAGGUGAAUGUCAGGACACGACGAUCGAAAUGGUCGAGGGAACCUUCACACGUGGCGGCCCCCCCGCCCGGCCGUGCACAGGGCCGGGCUCAUCUGCAGAUGCACACGACGGAGGUAAGAGGAAGGGAGAAGGGGGCGGAGUCCGCUUGAAAACGCUUUCCCACAAUGACGAAGACGUAAAGCUUGGAGGAGCUUAUUUGGAAGCUGACAGCAGGCUUCACCAGAGUUCCAGCAUGAGGCCUCAGCCCUGGUGCACCGUCCUGCACGUGUCCCUCUGGGCAGCGCUGGUUCUCACCUUAAACGCUGACAGUGAAGACUCAGGCUGUAACCCUUCUAUCAAAGUACGCCGAAACACAACCUACGAGACCUCAUCUGGACGAGAACUUGUCAUUCACUGCCCAGUGGAUUUCUGCAAUAAAUCAGAACCAACAGUGACUUGGUUCAAGCUGCUGAAUGGAAAUUCUAAACAAAUCAGUGUCGGAAGUAGCAGUCACAUUAGAUCAGAGUGGAAAGAGGUGAACCAUGAGUGGGCAUCGCUUUUGAUUUUCCCAAAAAUACUCAGUAACGACUCAGGUGUGUAUCAGUGUCGAGUGGGAAACGAUGUGAGUCACGUCAUCAGAGUCUCUGUCCACGGUGGUGAUGGACAUAGUACAACUAAGAAUAAGACAAUUCCCGAAACUUCUGACUCAGAGGCCUUAAAACCUUUGUGGAUGUACAUGUCCUCUGCUGCUGGGAUCGUGGGAUUCGUCACCUUAGUGAUAGUUCUAACUGUCGUAUCAAUGCGAUGCUGCACAGGGAAAUCAAAGAAAGGGACACAAGGUGAAUGUCAGUACGCGACAAUCCACUUGGCGGAGAGGCCCCUCACAUGUGGCGGCCCCCCGCCCGGGCAGAGAGCUAGCCCCUCUGCCCCUCCAUCGCGUCUAUCUGCGCCCAAAGACAUUUACAGCAAGGUGAAGGGAGAGGGCAAGAGAACGAGAGGAGCGGCAGAGGAGUGUAGCGGCGUCGUGUACGCGGCUCUCAACCAUCAGCAGCCACCAGGGGCCGCCGCUCGGCCCCGGAGGUCGGAGGAGUGUUCGGAAUACGCAGCUAUUCGAGUGGCGUGAACACGCAACAACCACCGGGGAUGUGAUGUCAGUCCUGAUGUGUGCUAGAGGGAAUUAGACAGAAGUUAGCAGAACGUUUCAAACUGGAUCUACAACGGCAGCAAGGACACAAGGAUGAUGUUCCAUGUCCUGGAUGUUGUGUAUCCUCCUCUACACAUUCACAGGUCUUCUCUCUGCUCAAGAUGAAGCUUCAGAGUGAUUCUGUGAACUUUGUCUGUUCAUCACGUACUAAUACAAACGACACAAGAGCAGAACUGAGUGAAAUGUCAGCGAGUGCACAUGGUUGUUUCUCUUCCUGCCGACCGCACCUCACAUCUCAGUAUUACUCAAAGUUAGACGAACUUGAAAAUACAGGUUGUGGAAUUUCCCAGAGAGCAUGAUGUUCCACAUCAGUGAUUCACUGAGGGGGUCACUUAACGAUUGUGGAUAAUAUAAAUUAUACCUUUCAGAGUGGGAAUUGUUAUUAUUCCCCUUUGUUGCAUUUUUCUCUUUAUUGACAGGAUAGAGAAUAGAGAAGAGAAACAGCAACUGGUUGAGUAAGAACUGAACCUGUGACUGAAACCUCCAUAUGAAGUAUUAACGUGUAUUAAUCCGCUACUGAAAACAGCCCCAAACAAACUCACUCUUACUUUUGCCCAGAACCUACAAUGGCCACAUUUCUGAGAUAUUUACAUUCCAUAAAAAAUAAACUACAUUUCCUAAAAAACUUCAAUCGGAGCCGGAGGCCGAGAGCUGAAUGUCACAGAUGAGAAGUCCUCAGAGUCUAUUGAGCUAAAGCGUGUUCUACCAAACUAAACGGAUUGCUACACACUGUUUGCGAAAUGUCUACAAUUUGUGUGGUUUUGGGUGUGAUCCUGCUUUGUAAUGUUUGUUUAAAAAGUGUGUCUUCAUCAUGACUCUACAGAGUGACACCACACCUGAUAAGAGUUAUGUUUCCAUGAGUUUUCAUCCUGUGUCAAGUCGACUGUAUGAAUGUAAACAUGAGCUUUUGUAAUCCUACAGGAAAAACUUGUUGUUUGUCUGUAACUUCAAAAUAAGACACUGUAAUAAUAAUGUGAUGUUUUUGUGCAAUCAUAUAACAUAAGGUGUGUCCACGACUAUUUUAUGUGAAAUUUUCUUUGAAACUGUUCAAAGCAGAACUCAAAAUUCACCGGAGAGUUUCACAUCAAUCAAGGUUGAAAAAGAU